CUAACCUUCGCCGUCAUUGACGCUCUUCCUCCAGGGCUCGCUUCUAAGGUUUGUACUGGCUCGUCGCGUCGCUUCGUUGGCGCGAUCCUUUCUCCCCGGCGGCGUAGAUGGAUAAUCGGGGGUGGUGGUGGCAGCCCUGGGGGGAGAUCUGCCCUAGGGUUGAACCUGGGGCUGGGGUGUUUCCUUGUCUCACUCCAUGUCUCACCUCCACACCCACACUUUUUCCUCAGUCACACACACAUUGACGGUGAUAGCGUGUGGAGGGGAUCGUGAAUGGUGUGUGAGGUUGCAAACCUUGGGGAUCCUUUCGCUGGACGGCUGGCUGGAUGGGACGGUGAGGUGUGUUUCCGCUGGAACGGUUGUCUCAGUAAGCACAGGCUGCUAGAGAUUCUAGAGCGGGCGAGAUGGUGCCACUGGAACGGGCAGGCGGAUGUGUGUUGGGAAGAUUUUUACCAGGUUGGAUUGACGAUGGUGUGGAUUCGCGGGAUCUUCGAGACCCGGAUCGCUGGGAUGCAUUUUAAUCUGUCCGGCGGAGCGACGAGCAGAGCGGAAGUGAUAUGGCACGCAGGCCGAGAGGCGGAGCAAGGCGCCGAGUCCCUCGCGAUCAGGGUGCGUAGCCGGCGGACGCGUAUGGGAAUGAUUAGUUGGCUGCUCGGAGAGGUGCUGACACGUUGUUCGACGGAGAGCAUUCGAGACAGUGUCAUGUUGUUUUGGCGGGAAUACGACCACCACGGGAGGGCAUUUGAAUUGCUGGAAGAAGGCUUCUCGUCAUCACACGACCAUGCGACGGCCGUGGCACAGCAAGACAAUAUGUACAUAGGUAGAGUCUCGUGCUGUCCCAUCGCACGUGGAUGAGACCACGAUUUCACGAAAGACGCCGGAUCAGAAAUAGAAAAUGUACACAGACGAUGGCAUCAUUGUGUAGCAAGUGAACACUGUCUUUAGAUAUCGUGCAGGAAACUCGACGCUUAGGUGAAGAUUGUCUUUUUGAGUUUUCUUCACGGAAAAUUAAUUCUUUCCUCGUUUGUUAUUUUGGAAAUUGUCCGA